UGCUGCAGCCGCAGGAAGCUCUUGGGCCUGGCGAGGGCGAGGUGCAGCCGCCUUGCUUGGGAAUGGGCGAGCGGGGUCGCACCCUGACCCUUUCUACCUACAGGCAUUCUUUUAUCGAGGAAACCGUAGAACUUCCUGGUACAUUUGAUGAAUUUUUGGGCUUUUUUAAUUUGGAUGAUUGGCCAAGAGUCCCACACUUGCCAGAUGUGAAUCCUUAUCCCUUGGUUUCCCGGAUAAAAAAUGACUAUCCUGUGGAUACUGUUGCCCAAUAUCUUUAUGAUAAUGCUCCGAUGCCGUAUGAAAUUAUUUCCAGGUUGGAAAAAAGAAUAGAUGAGUGCAAACUACAAGUCCAGGAGCAUGCUAAACAGAUAUUUACAUUGAAAUCAGAGAAAUCAGAAAUAGAUGAGCAGCCAGGACAAGCUGAUGUAACAUCAUCUCCUGAAUCCCAGGAUGCUUCAAAGAAGAAAAUAAAAAUCGAAAUGAAGUUUCCUACUGAAGCUCCAAAAGACACAAGUAGCAAAGACUUGGAGAAUUUCAGUUUUUCUGGAUUCAAUUUGUGGAAAUUUACAAAACUUCCAAACAAUCUAGAACCUGCACAGCUCUGGGAUUUGGUUCUAAAACUCCAAAUUUUCAAGGGUACCAAUACUCAGGUUUUGAAGCAGCUGUUUUUUUCUGAAGCAUCUCUUGCGAUUUUGCAGGAUUCUUUCUGGUGGUGGUUUCUUCAUAAGUACCAGCCUGAUCAAGAGGAACAGGACCACUUUUUUGACAGGAUAGCCGAUAGCUACGUGAUGCUUCUCUGGAGCAUCCCAAGUUACAUUAAAGAUGUUUUUCUUCAGAUGUAUCCUGACUGCUUGUCCCAGGCCAUUUACAUUACUUUCUGUGAAGCUUUUCCUCAGGCUUGCCAUCGUUUCAAUGAUCAGUUUAAAGAAGAAUUGAUGGAUUUAAUUUUCCUGUGGAUCAGAGGUUUUAAACCUCAAAAGUUUGCUUGGAAAAAUUGGAAGUGCCCGUCAACGGAAAAACCUAGAAAAUCCAUUGUAGAGAAAGACUCCGCUUCUCAGCCAUCUUCAGAAAUGCCUAAAAGGAUAUCCAUAUCAUGGUCAAAAUCCAGUUCAAGGUCAGAAUCAACAUCAAUAACAAGAACAAAAACAAAAACCUUGAGAUUUCAGAUGAAAUCUGGAGAUCAAAUGCAAGGGCUAGCACGAGAGAAAAAAGAGAGACUAGCAACAGUAAAGGAGAAAGUCUAG